CUUUAUCUUAUGGCUUUUUAUGAGAGUAUAUCAACUUAUAUUUCACAUUGAAUUUAUAACGAAUAUUAUUAAAAUGUUAUUAUCAUUAACACGUGUGAUAUGGCACGACGAAUACACUUGAUUCGAACAUAAGAAUUAUUUCAUUGUUUUAGUCAUUUUUUUUCUUUCUUUUUAAUCAAACGAUAUACGUUAAAAGGAUAAUACAAAAAACAAUAUUAAAUAUAUUUUAAUUGAAGUAUUUAAAUGAAUUUAUUAAAAUGCCAACAGUCAUAGCAUUAGACGUGUCUCUUUCGAUGAGACGUCCAGCAGCAGUUGGAUCUUCUGUAGUAAAUGAUAAUUCUCCAAGUGAACAAUUAUCAAGACAUGAUUUAGCAGUUCAUGGAAUAAAUGCUUUGCUACACUACUUACAAACUAAUUCCAAAUUAGAAUUUGUUUCUCUGAUAUUAUUUUCAUCACUUUAUAAAAUAGUAUGUCCAUUUACUCGUGACUAUGAUAGUAUACGUGAAAAAAUAGAAUUUAUAGAGGAAUGCGACAAGACUUGCAUCGAAACAGCUUUACAUGGUGUCAAUAAUGCAGUUAUGGCAGAAUGGGGCAAUGCUACAGCUUGUCAAAUUGUUUUAAUUACAGAUGGUAAUCCUGGAAUUGGACCAAUGUCUUUGGGAGAUUCAUUAAAUUCUUUAAAUGUGACAAGAGAUAUGAAUCCUUUUCCAUUACCUUUUCCAUAUCCAGGAAAAUUAAGUGUUGUUUGUAUUGCACCAACUCAAGAUCCAAGCUUAUCUGUAGGUUUACCUCUUUAUCAACGUCUAAUUGAUCUAGCUGGAUGCGACAGUAUUAUUUUAGUCCCGGACUCUCCUCUCACAAAGCAUUCUGUCGCAGUAUGUUUUCAAAAAUUAGCCGAGACAAAUUACGUGUCUUUCCAAGGCUAUCUAAAAUGUGGCUAUUUGGGUUCACGUAUUCUUCUAUCUCCACCUCCCAUGCCAUAUACAAAAAAGACAGAUUUUGAAUUGAUAUCUGGUGUAAUGAUAUCGAAGAAUAUUGAAAUUUGUGGAUUUAUAUCAGUGGCAGAUGUUGGUAGUCCAAAUGCUAUUUCCAGACAUUUAAUUUUGUCAUUGCCCACUGAAAAAAAUGCAAAUAUGCAAGGAGUGAUAUUGGAUGAGGAAUCUGAUACGGAUGAAAAUGGCGAUGAUGGAAACAAUGCAUCUUUUUGUGUAUUACUUCAUGGAGCUUUGAAGGUAGAAAAUAUGGCAGCUCUAUGUUUAUUGAAUAAUGAUUGGUUCGGUUUUAUUUAUUCCUGGGCAGAUACAAAAAAGAAGUCUAAUUUAAUGUUAACAGUUCUAGAACCAGGAGUUGAUAUCAUACCAUGGUUAGGUAAUUUCAAUAAUUUAGGUCCAGCUGAUUCAGCUCAAGGAGCACAAGCUUCUUUUCCUGUUAGACCAACAGAGAAAAGAAGUUACACACAAAAUGCACCUUCGUGGAUUCGACAAUUAGGAUUACAAUCAGAUAUUCAAAAAAUUUUAAGACACGCUAGAAAAUUACCAGAGAAGACGCAAAACUUUUACAAGGAAGUAAAUAGGUUACGCAGAGCAGCAGCUUCUAUGGGUUUUGUAGAAUUAUUAGAAGGUUUAGCGUGUAUAUUGGAAAGAGAGUGUACAUUGUUACCAUCUAAUUUAAAUCCAGAUUGUACGAUACAAUUAGGACACGUUGCUACAAUGUUACGAAAACCUGAAUAUCUUGAACUCAGAUAUAAUAUUCCACCUACACGAACGAAAUUUCAAGAUGGUUCAUAAUAAAAUGACUAAAAUAUACACUUACCACAUUUAUGUAUUUAUAUUAAAUGUUAAGGUUAACAACAAAAAAUGACAGAUAUUAAAUAUCAAUGGUUUUUUA